CCGGGUUGGAAGGUGGGGGCGCAGGAGGAGGGGCACACGGGGCUCGAGCCCAGCGCGGGGGGCGGGUCCGAGGCGGGGGCCCAGAUAGGGAGCAGCAUGCCGGGGCCCAGGCAGCUGCGGAGACCAGCGCAGCGGGUGGCGGGACCGCCACAGCCCAGCCAGCCAUGAGCUCGGGACCCGAGCCCCGGACAGCCCGGACACCGUUCAGCAUCGCAGACAUCCUAGGCCCACACAUGGUUCCCCGAGGACCCCCUGCGUCGCAGCUUCCAGAGCGGAGCCCAGGUCCCACGCCGCCGCUGUGCGCGUUGGAAGAGCUGACUAGUAAUGCUUUCCGCGGACUUGACGGGCACGCUCCGCAGCCCUCUGAAGGCCAUGUGGCCCCAGGCGCUCUGGGCCGCGACCAGGCUGGCCGCAGACGGCGAAAGUCACGCACAGCGUUCACCGCGCAGCAGGUGCUGGAGCUGGAGCGGCGCUUCGUCUUCCAGAAGUACCUGGCGCCAUCCGAGCGAGACCGGCUGGCAGCGAGGCUCGGCCUGGCCAACGCGCAGGUCGUUACGUGGUUCCAGAACCGGCGCGCCAAGCUCAAGAGGGACGUGGAGGAGAUGCGCGCGGACGUGGCCUCGCUGCGCGCGCUGCCCCGCGAAGCCCAGGGCGGUCUCGCGCUGCCCGACGGCGCCCCGGGCCUCGGCCCCACACCGCCCGACUCCCGGGCCCACCUGUCAGACGAGGAGAUACAGGUGGACACUUGACUGAAAAGCCGCCGUCCGGGCUUUGGAGCCCGGGACACCUCGCCUCCGCGCUCGGCGCGCAGUCCGGGUAGCCGGGUGGAGGGAGGGUGCCGACUCCGGCCUCUUCCG